GUUGUAUUUAUUGUAAUAUCAAGAUAUUUGCCUUCUUUGAAUAUUUCAGACGAAGUUACAUUACUGUUCGUGGGAGAUAUUUCCUUUGCUGACCCCAUCAAAUACUAUGUUGACCACAAGUACCAUACGUACAACGAUACUUUCAAUGACAUGGCUCCUUUCAUCAGAGAAGCGGACAUUUCAGUUGGUAAUUUGGAGUCACCAUUUGCCAACCAACAUGUUCUUACUCACCUUUACCGAGGAAGAAAAACAGUUUUGCUAUAUGCCAUUCCUAAAGCUGCAUCAGCGCUCAGGUGAAAAUAAUAACGGAAACAGGCAAAGUUAGAAUUUACUUAAGGAGGAAAUCAUAUACAUAGCGCUAAGCAGCGCAGUUUCUUUAGAAACUCGCCCCCUUAUCCCAACCUGAAUCUUAAAAAAAAAGAAUAAUAAAAAAUUUCACCAAUGCGGCAAAAGAAUUUCAUAACAAGAAAGAAUAUGAAAGUAACUUGCGAAAUAUUUUUUUAGCACCGUUUUCAGCCAUCUCAGAAGUGAGGAGCUGGUCUAAAUUAUUCGUUUGCAAUGAGAAGUUUUCAAGCCUAGUGGCAGGGUAUAUAUUGCACAUACCCGAUAGUUAUACUCUUGUAUCCUCCACAGGUUUGCAGGAUUUGAUGCCGUGACUAUUGCCAACAAUCACUUGAACGAUUUAGGCGGUGUAGGAGCCAAUUUUACCACUAAAGUCCUGGAAAAGACGGGUUUAAAGUAUUUUGGAAUAAGUUUCGGAAAAUAUGACUCCUCUCAGGUACAGUAACGAAUUGUUUUAAACCCCAUUUUCCUGGAAACGAGAUGAAAGAAUAUUUAGCGAAAGCAUGGAUAUUUAAUCUCAAACCAAUACAACUAUUUUAUUUGAAAAUAAAUGUGUUUAACAUUUUAGACAUCUUAGUUAAGCUUUCAACGUUGUAUUAAUAUCGUGUGACCUGCAUAUUUUUCAUAACCGAAUGGAUUUGUGAACAGCGAGGUAGCUGCAAAUCUUUUCAACGAGACGUAUACUAUGAAACCAUCACAGUUGAUAAUUAUUCACCUGACAGGGUUUAGGAAGGUGUCACAACUAUCGGUCGGCUUAACGGGCGAUUCACAAUUUAUCACUUUAGACAAGUGUAUUGUAGCUUAUUUGCGACAUUUGGGUACUCUUAGGGCCAGUCUACAUUGAGGCUAGGGAUCCCUGAGGUUGGUAAGGUAAACUGCUUAGCCGUGCUUAAAAAAUAGACCAUGUUUACCAUGUUUACAUACAAUCUUACAACCACGGGAUCCCGAGGUAAAGUUCCGAGAGGUUGUUAGUGCGCUUGCAAAUGUAACGUGAACGCAACCUUGGCUAGGCGGGUUACCCCAUCUUGAGACGUUUAUGGGAAAAAUUGUGAAUGCCUAUGACAGAGUUACCUCCCACGGCACACUGGGUAACCCGGCUAAGCAGGUUUCUCCAGUUAUUAUGUAAACAUGAUCAAGAUAAAAUAAGAGGUUAAAUAUAUGAACAGAAGGGUUCAGAAAUCUGACCUACCUGGGGUCCUCCACCUCAAUAUAAACAAGUCCAUAUUAAAUUCCAUACAGCAGUAUCUCCCGCUGUUAACAUUACAUUUACUCCUGUUAGAUCUUAACAGAUACAUGUUAAACCAGUUUUAAGCUGAUAUCAAUAUUUUUGAUGUCAUGUUUUAGGAACCUCUCAUCAUUAAAAGAGACAGAAUCACUAUUGCAUUCCUCGGUUAUUGUGCAACGCCCUCCUUAAAGAAAAACUGCAGCGAACUGAGGAAGUUGUUCAACUCGGGUCCCGCCAUUUACGAAGAUGAUAUCGCCACUAGAGACGUCAGGAGGCUAAAGAAGGUUUAACUCAAGUUUAAUAUCUUUAUGAUCAUCAGGGCGGUUUUUAAUUGAGUGUCGAAACUGAUCCAGGAUUACUCUGGUUUUGCUUUACUUCGCUUUGUGAUUGGUCCAGAAAAUUAGCGCUUCCUUUUAACCAACGAGAUUCAACUUAAACCAAUCAUGACUUGGUUACCAGCGUUUACCUGCGUUUCAUGCAGGUUACCUGUUUAUACUUUGUGUUCUCAUUGAGUAAUGAUGAUUUUGACCAUCGCUCUUAUUGACUUUUGUGAUACCUUUGGUUUUAGUUAUCCGAAACUCAACUGAAAAUUACACGAACUGAAAGGAAAAAAUAAUUUAUCCACCUUUUCGUAUGUAGAAGGGAAAAUUCUUAGAAUUGUGAAUGACAUAAUUUUCUUCUUAAGCCAGCUUAACAUAGCAUUUAGGUAAAGAAUGAAUUGUUAUUCAAACUGAGAAAAAAUCCAAACAAGAAGAAAAUGCCAUCUUCUGCGUGCUAGAACCUGCGCCCAUAGUUACUAGUUGGACGUUGUUAUAACCUGGCCGAACUAAGGUAGCCACGUAUUGAGAUCUUUGGUGGGCUUGCAAAUUUAACCUGUGCGGCUAAAAACAUAGUAAUAAUGAUAAUAUCAACAUUCCACGAGUUAGCUUUUUUGUCCGCUGUUUCCAUGUCGAAUUGGAAUUCAGAAUGUUGAUAUUGUGGAGCAGGGAAGACCGGAGGACCUGGAGAAAAACCCUCGGUUCAGGGACAGAACCAACGAGAAACUCAAGUCAGAUGUUACUUCCUUAUUAAUACUGCGCCAUCCCUGCUCCCCGAAACAAUUUAUUUAUCAUCUACUUCGAGUUUUAACUUGAUUUCUAUGCAUUUCAUAUCAUCAUCUUUUAUUUGAUACAAUAAGGAUCUAUCCUUCUAGUCAUUCCAUAACAUGUCUGUUGACUAGUUAUACUUUGUUUUACUUCCCUAGGCCAAAGUUGACAUUAUAGUCGCUUUCAUGCACUAUGGUAGAGAACUCACUUUAGGACCCGUCUCCUCCCAAAAGCACAUAAACAAACACCUGAUGUCUCUUGGGGUGGAUAUGAUCAUUGGAGCUCAUCCACACGUUCUUCAGGAUCACUGUCUUCAAGAUAAUAAACUUAUCGCUUACAGCUUGGGGAAUUUUCUUUUUCAUACUAACCAACCACCUAGUGCUGUUGAUCCGGUAACGCAUUCAUAUGGUUCAUUUAGUGACUACAUGUACCUCUUGACUGAAUGGAAAGGCCGUGUAGGAAAAUGUUUGGGUGGUUGACAUGACGUAAACAUCUCGCCGUACUCGAUCCUUACGGCCUCUCCCCAAAUAUUUCAGUCUUUCCCGAGUAUGGGAAAAGAAAAAAAAUAUGAAAGUCUCGUGUAAUGAUUCGAAAGUCGGACGUUCCUAUUUAAGACCGAACAUCCAAAUGAAAGGAAAAGAACUAUUCGGCAAGCCAGGCCACACUAACUUCAUUUUUGGGAAACUAGCUUCGAGAAUACUGUUCAGAUCGGCAAUAUAGAAAGCGGCUUUUUUCUUGUAAAGAUGUAGUAAUCAAGGUGAAAGGCUUUAAACUCGCUUUUUGGAGAAAGAUUUGAAGAGAUACGUUUUAUCUCUACCUACUGCUAUAUUCCAAAGAAAAUUACUCUUUCAACAUCAUACAUAAUUUAUCAUUUCCUCGCGUUCAUUUCCCUUUCUUCCAUACUUCUCCCUUUCUGUUUUCUUUUCUUUUUUUGUUUUUUUUCGUACUUGUGUGUUUAUCGUUUAUUUUCAUCGCUCCUUCUUGAUUUGUGUUUGCAAGCUUGACUAAAUCCUCAACGGUACUUCCAAGUUUCUAUAUCCAUGUUCAAUUUAUUUUUCAGAACGUUUACGGAAGAUUUGGCAAGAAACCCGAUAAACAAUUUAUUAAGAAAUAUGAGCACUUUGUCCUUGGGAACUGCGACGCGUUGAAACUAUCCCGGAUGCUUAAAGUCACCGUUUCAAGGUAUAGUACCACUUUGCAUCUUAUUUUUCCAGGGCUUCUUUAAACCACAAUCAAAUUUUUCAUCUUCAAGCAUUAAUUUAAACAAAAAGAAAGCGGUAGUUUGAAAUCUGAAAGGUGCAUUAAUGUUAGCUGCUACGAUACCUUUGUCCAUGGAGAGAAAUCUGAAGAUAAGUGUAGGGAUUAAAGAGCGAUACAGGAAGAGUGAGAUAGUUAUGAAAAAGGAUGUUUCAUAUUACCAGUCUAUGUCUGUAAACUGUUGUCAGAUAUAGGCAGUGAAAAGAAUCAUCAAUCGUUGAUCGGACACUAUUUGAGUAUAUUGGGUCCGAAGGAAACAAAUAACGUUUUGGUUAAUAGGGUCGUUUCAGUUAAAAAAGUGCCAACACUUUUAAGUAAUAUAACAGGGCUUUUUUUUAAUAGAGUGUCAACUUCGUGAAUACAUGUACAGAACAAACUAGUUUUUUAGUGAUACAGAAAAAUAUAAAGGUAAUAAGGAUAUCAUACAAAGAAACAAAAUUGUCUGAAAACGAGAGAAUAUGAAUAGUUGAUAUUCUUUUGAUGAAAACUGGCAAAUGGAUCUGGAACAAUAGCUGAGAUGUAAUAUCACAAGACAGCAGUACUCUAGAUGUCUAUGUACAUCUCACUGAAACAGCGUGUCUUUAAAAUCAGCGAUAUUUUUAAAUGAGACUUUCUCGCGAUUUUGAUCGGAAUAAUCAGUUACAAGCAAUCAUUUCCAAUAAGGGCAAAAUAGUUUGUAUAUUUUCAAUUUCUUUCAUUUUCAUUCAAUCAUCUCUCUUUUUAGGAAAGGAGUCGUGGGAGCAAAGUAUCUUCCACUGAAAGUCGCUUUCGAUAAAAAAAAUAAACGACUGCACCCUGAGCCCACAAAGAACGCAAAAUGGAUCACUGUAUGCGGAGCUGAAGAUCAACACUGUAAAUGUCUCAAGAAUUAG